UUCCUUCAGCUUCUUUAAUGGCGGACUAAUGAAACUUAUCUCUUCAUCGGCUAUCUUCGCUUGACCUUCAUUUUCUUUGAUUUCAUCACUCAAACACACAGAGGAAAUCAAACCAGGAAAUCAAGCAUGCUUGCACCUCAUACAUAGAGACCGUUACUUUAUCAGAAAAACCUAUAAAGUAUACAUGUUAUUGCAUCGUGGAUUCUGCUCAAAGAACCAAUGAUAACAUGAACGUGAUGAUUAAAAAGCAAGAAACUGAGAUAUGCAAGCCUUGAGAAAUUUCUUGACGCACCCAACAAUUUCUAUUGCAGAAACAUGCAAAAGCCUUGGAGAAAUCAACCAAAUUCACUCCCAAUUGCUAGUUAAUGGUUUCGUCAAUGACAUAAAUCUUGUAUCCAAAUUUGCUGCUUCAAUCGCCCUCAAACACCCACACAAUGUCGAUUAUUCUGUUCGAUUAUUGAACCAAUGUGAAAACCCAACUGUGUUUGCUUUGAACUCUUUGAUAAGAGUUUACUCCAAAAGUCCAACUCCUGAAAAGAGCUUCGAUUUUUAUAAAAGAAUUGUCGAAUCAAAUGAAAAACCCGAUAACUAUACUUUUACGUUCUUGAUCAAGUCUUCUGCGCAGCUUAUCAUGGUUAAGAAUUUGGGUUUGGCCGUACACGGGGCUGCGUUAAAAUACGGGUUGGAUCAAGACCCACAUGUUCAAAGCGGGUUAAUUAAUAUGUACGCUCAAAUGGGGUUCCUUAGGGCUUUAAAAGAUUUGUUUUCAGAUAUUCAUGAGAGGGAUUUGGUAAUCCAGACAGCAAUGGUGGUUGCCUGUGCAAGACUGGGGGACAUUGUCUUUGCACGCCAACUGUUUGAUGAAAUGCCUGAUAAGGAUGUCGUUUCUUGGAACGCGAUGAUAGCAGGGUAUGUCCAAUUCGGUGAGCCUUUGAAGGGAUUGGAAUUGUUUGGUAUGAUGGAAACGAAGGGCUUGAAGGUUAACGAGGUGUCAAUGAUUUCGGUGUUAUCUGCCUGCACUCAACUAGGUGCCCUCGAUACAGGUCGAUGGGCACAUAGAUAUAUAGCGAGUAAGGGACUACAAAUCGACGUGACUCUAGGCAGUGCUCUUGUUGAUAUGUAUGCAAAAUGUGGAGAUAUAAAAAUGGCUAUGGAAGUAUUUUGGGAGAUGAAAGAAAAGAAUGUAUACUCAUGGAGUGGUGCCAUGGGAGGACUAGCCAUGAAUGGUUAUGGUGAGAAGUGUUUUGAGCUUUUUGACCUUAUGAGACAAGAAAAUAUCAUGCCCAAUGAGGUCACAUUUACGUCGGUCUUAAAGGGUUGUAGCGUGGCUGGCUUGGUCGAACAAGGUCGUAAGCAUUUUGAGUCGAUGAUAAAUGAGUAUGGGUUUGAGCCACGGAUUGAGCACUAUGGGUGUAUGGUUGACUUAUACGCACGGUCCGGUCGCUUAGAUGAAGCGUUAAACUUCCUCAAUCGGAUGCCAUUUGCACCGCAUGUAGAAGCUUGGGGAGCGUUGCUUAACGCUUCCAAGAUUUAUAACGAUGUUGAAAUGGCAGAACUUGCAUCUAGAAAGAUGGUCGAAUUGGAAGCCAAGAACGAUGGUGCGUAUGUGCAGUUAUCGAAUGUUUAUGCCGAUUUCAAGAAGUGGGAUAGUGUCGAUGGUGUGAGGAACGUAAUGAAGUCGAAGAGGGUCGUGAAAGUCCCUGGUGUUAGCGUAAUUGAUAGUCGAGUCCGAACAAAUUAACCAAAUCAAAACAAACGAGCCCAGUGAAAAUCCAUGUGAAGUGGGGUGUUGUGAGGAUAAGAUCUAUGCAGUUUUUAUUCUACCUAAGGGGUAAAGAGGUUGUCAA